CGUCCGUCAAAACCGAACCUCACAGUCUGUUCGAGCGAGGGGAACAGGUUGGAAAGAGCCCGACGGAGGCUCGUACAAUCAAAUACUGUUGGUUGCAGGUUGUAACCGGAUCUAACACACAAGCUGGUGAGGAGUCAUGAAGGGCUCAGUGCAGCGUGGGUGCCCAGGGAUCCACUGCCUGAGUGUGGGGAGAGCAGCGGCCGAGACCCCAGAGACAUGAACCACACCAAGGGUGGCCUGGUCAUCUUCACCGCCAACUCGCACCCCUCAAGCCGUGAGCUCGGCAAGAGGAUUGCAGAGCGUUUAGGGGUGGAGCUUGGCAAGGUGCAGGUGUACCAGGAAGCUAACAGAGAAACGCGGGUACAGAUCCAAGAGUCGGUGCGAGGCAAAGAUGUCUUUGUCAUCCAAACGAUGUCAAAGGACGUGAACACCACCAUAAUGGAGAUGCUGAUCAUGGUGUACGCAUGCAGGACGUCCUGCGCCAAAAGCAUCACGGGCGUCCUCCCCUACUUCCCCUACAGCAAGCAGUGUAAGAUGAGGAAGAGGGGCUCCAUCGUGUCCAAGCUUGUUGCCUCAAUGAUGUGUAAAGCUGGCCUCACCCACCUGAUCACCAUGGACCUCCAUCAGAAAGAGAUUCAAGGCUUCUUCAACAUCCCAGUGGACAAUUUGAGAGCCUCCCCGUUUCUGCUGCAAUAUAUCCAGGAAGAGAUCCCCGACUACCGAAACGCUGUGAUUGUUGCUAAGUCGCCAGCUUCUGCCAAAAGGGCUCAGUCGUUCGCAGAGCGGCUGCGUCUGGGUAUCGCUGUGAUCCACGGAGAAGCUCAGGACGCCGAAUCAGACCAAGUAGACGGCCGACAUUCCCCACCCACCGUCAAGACCACCGGAGCCAUUCACCCCAGCAUGGAGAUACCAUUGUUGAUCCCUAAAGAGAAGCCCCCCAUCACUGUGGUAGGAGACGUCGGAGGACGCAUCGCCAUCAUAGUGGAUGACAUCAUCGAUGACGUGGACAGCUUCGUGGCAGCAGCGGAGACGCUGAAGGAAAGAGGGGCCUACAAGAUUUUUGUCAUGGCGACACACGGCCUCCUCUCCUCAGAGGCCCCCAGGUUCAUAGAGGAGUCGGCCAUCGAUGAGGUGGUGGUGACCAACACGAUUCCCCACGAGCUCCAGAAGCUCCAGUGUCCGAAGAUCAAGACAGUGGACAUCAGCAUGAUCCUGUCAGAGGCUAUCCGCCGCAUCCACAACGGAGAGUCCAUGUCCUAUCUGUUCCGCAACAUAGGAGUGGACGACUGAAUAACCUGUGUCUCACACACACACACACACACACACACACACACACACACACACACACCAUUUGCCUUCUCAAUCCUCUCCUGAUACAUAGAGAUGAAUGAUGAGCGUAGUCGGCACACUGAAGUGCUACCUCUAUCAUAACAUACGAAUAUGAAUGCUAACCUGUUCUUUGAUUGCAGCUGAAGGAUGUGGUGACUCAACACACACUCUCAUACAUACAUACAUAUCUAAGCACACCUAGUUUUGUUCAUAGCUUUGACCAAACACACACACACACACACUCUGAUUAGUGUCCUCAGUGGACAUUAAGGGAUUACUGCCGAGCUCUCCAGUGGCUGCGCUCCACACGCCUCAGUACUUUUGUAGUUAACCCUGUCUUGUAUCUUUUCCCCCAUAGAAAUGAUGUCGAGGUUAAAUCAGCUCAUGUUAGUACUCAUUUGUUAGCGCUGAAUGUGUCUGAUGUUAUUAGUAAAGGAGAUUGUACUGAUAAUGUCAGUGCCUUCCACAGGACACAACACACAGGCCUUCGCUGCUCUUUUACACCUCGCCCUCGUUAGCAACUCUGGAAUAUACAGCUUCACAGCUAACGACCACAUGUUGUGCAUGUUCAAAUCCAAAUCUGUGUUUGAUUAUUUCUGUGGUGUCCGAAUGUGCAACUAACACAGCUCAUUUCGACUCGUCCCAGCAGCCAUACGUCUGAGUGGAUGCCAUAGUGUUUAGAUGUUAAUCUGGUGUCAAAUCUACUAAAUGCUAAUAUUGAGCUGGGUUUAACAGGAAGUCUUUGGAUCUUGAUAAUUGGAUGUUCCAUUUAAUGACAGUUUACCUGUAAGUCAUCCAUAUAAAUGUGCCAUCAUCUCAAUACUUAGUGUUGAAUAUUUUUUCGUGUCACAAAUAAACACUCCCAGGCUGAGGAGGGCUCUAGAUGGUUAAAACUGACGCUCCAGUUCCAGAUUUAAAGUACAGUCAGUCUCUGGUUAGAAGUUUGAGGUUGUUCUUAAUAAACUGGAAAUCUUCCAUUGUUAGAUCCCUGUGAAGGAGACUGAUGAAGUUUGCUUCAACACAUUGUCCAAGUUUAAAUAAAGCUCCAAACUGUGGCUAAAACAGGAAAAGUACAUUUUUCUGACUAGCAAACCUUGACUGAAGCGGGUCUUUGUCACUUUAUCAGAUGCUCCCGAAAUGUUUUGUAUUUAUUUUCUGGAUUUAAUAUGAAUAAAGAGAACCUAUGAAAGGAAAA